UACAAGAUGGCGGACGAACUUAUCAAAAUCGGAAUAGGGUAAAAUAUGGCGAAGAAAUUGCGCAUUAAUGUUGUUUGUUCAUCCAGAGACAAGCGAUUUCUGGUCCUGGCUGAGAAGGAAUGGACUCUUGCUGCUUUCAGAAGACACACAGAAGAUGUUUUUCACAAAUUGUAUCCCAAUGAACCACAGCUGAAAAUCUCAGGCUUACAAAAUGAGUUUCAUUUUGAUAUACCUCUGAGUUACAAAGUGGAUGAGACACUGGUUGAUGCAGGACUUGUGUUCAUUCUUGAGGAAGAAAUGAAUCUCUUGUCAUCAUUAAGCCACACUUCAUCUGUUGAAACCAGUACAAUGGAAUGUAAACGCAAAGUCCCUGGUGAGAUAAAGAAAUAUGAUGAUGAUGAUGGUGCUCGGCAGAAAAGUUCUAAAAAGAGGCUGAAAGCUGUCAAGAAAACCUCAAAAUCCAAAAAGAUUCGAACCAGUACUGUGGAUAAAAUUGAAGAAAGUUCACCCAAUAACAGGGUUACAUCAACGACCAGCCCCACAGGCGUUGAGCUUGCAAGUCUUCUCCCCCAGAUUGUGGAAAAAAUAUCAGAAGAUUCAGAAGUGGACAUUGAGAGUGUGGAGGAAUCAACAGCUCAGUUACAGGGAGAAUCAAACAACACCUCAAGAAAAGAAACGGCCACCACCAAGAAGGAAAGCCAGCUUCAUCUUUACAAGGCCAGAAAAAAAGUCUGUAAAAGCAAGACUGCAGUGAAAGACAAUGGAACAAUACAAAACCCUGAAACUUGAGACAAUGGUCUCAGGAUUGUUAACUAAUAUUGCUAUAAUUGUUACAGUAUAAGUUGUCAGUUGAGUACAAUCAUGCAAUACAUGGUAACUUAGGUCUGUUUUUCUCCCCAAGAGAGACAUGAAGGUAAAAAGGUAAAGCCUACUUAGGAGCCAUGUGGCUCAUGGGGCCAAUGCUCAACUCCGGUUUCUGUAGCAUGGAGUGACAAUGAGUAAAUCUACUCCCCCCCUGGGUGGGAUGCUAGUCCAUCGCAGGGUUACCCCCAGCAUUAAAUUCGCCAGUACCCAUGUAAUUCAACUGGGUGAAGAGAGGCUCUGUGAGAGUAAAGUGUCUUGCCUAAGAACACAACAUAAUGUCCCCAGCCAGGUCUCCAACCCAAACCAUUUGAUCUGGAGUUGAGUGCACCAACCAUGAGGCCACCAUGCCUCCACAGGAGAGACAUGAAGGGUAGCAUUUAAGUCAGUGUUGGCAAAUAGACUCUUCCUUAACCCUUUAACUCCCAGAUGUGAUUCACAUGUAACUUCUCCCUAUAAUAUCUAUACAUUGUUUAGCAAACAGGUUAUGAGAUUAUUUAAACUUGUCAGGUGGAAAUUCAUGUCACUAAUUUAUAAGAUGUGUUGUAGCAAGAGGGGAGGAUCAACAAUCAGAUCCUGGGAGUGUAAAGGUUUACUUUUCUUAGUCCUUACGAGAAAUCAAACCUCAGACCUUCUAAUUCUACACUUGGAUGCUCAAUCACUGAGCUAUAGAGAGCUCUGCAGUUAGGUAGGCCAUUACCAGGUCUCACUGGUGAGAAGGGAUAUGGUUAAGGUCAGGGAACAGACAAUGAGCAUAAACAUAUUGAUCAGCUAGACUAUUUUAUCUUGAUGAUGAUAUCUAUGUCUUGUUACCAAUAUAUAAUAAAAUGUUUAGCAUUGUAACAGGAGAAUUGCUGACCAGAUCUUAGGAAUUAAAAUGUCAGUAAAGUUUGAAA